AUGUUCAAGUCAUUGACGCUUCUCGCGUUGGGCGCCACUGGCGCCCUGGCCGGCGUGGUCACGAAGACUUGGAGCAUCGAUUGGGUCAACGCCUCCCCUGACGGCUUUGCUCGUCCUGUAAUUGGCGUCAACGGACAAUGGCCUUGUCCGCCCCUCGAAGUGGACCUCGGCGACAAGGUCGUCAUCCACGUUACUAACAACCUCGGCAAUGAAACCACCAGCAUCCACUGGCACGGUCUCUAUCACGAAGGGACUACGAACAUGGAUGGCGCUGCUCACGUCGGGCAAUGCCCUAUCCCCCCCGGCAAGAGCUUCACCUAUGAGUUCUUCGUCAACCAGCCGGGUACCUACUGGUGGCACGCGCACGUCGGUGCCCAGUACUCCGAUGGUCUCCGUGCUCCUUUGAUUGUCCAUGAUCCGAAGGAUCCCUACAUUGGUGAAUAUGAUGAGGAACAUACCGUGACCCUUUCUGACUGGUACCAUGAUGAGAGCCCUCCCCUCCUCGUGCAGCUCUUUGAUAUUAGCAACGUCAACGCCCGUCCUCCCCUGCCCAGCUCCGGUCUUAUCAAUGACGGCCAAGGGGCAACCUACAAGUUCGUCCCCGGCAAGAAGUACAAGUUCCGCAUCAUCAACGUGUCUGCUCUGGCCGGUGCCAUCUUCUUCAUCGACUCUCACUCCUUCAAGAUCGUCGAGGUUGACGGAGUGUAUACCCAGGCCGCCGAGGCCGAGCAGAUCUACAUCACUGCCGGUCAGCGCUACUCGAUCAUCGUCGAGGCGAAGGAGGGUGCCGAGUCGAACUAUGUCAUCAACGCCAUCUUUGAUGUGAACCCUGACUUCCAUCAUCCUCUUCCCCAGGUUGGAUUUAACUUGAACGCUACCGGCGCUAUUCAGUAUGACGCUGCUUUCGGAGCUCCCACUCCCAGUGUUGUCAGCGCCUUCAACAUCUAUGAUGACUUCUCCCUGGUGCCUUAUGACAAUCAGCCGACCCUCGGUGAGCCUGACCAGCAGUUCGUCUUGAACUUCCGCAUUGGCCUUGAUGGGGAGGGUGUUCCUCGAGGCUUCGUCAACAAUAUAAGCUACGUCCACCAAAACGUACCCACCGUCUACACCCUCCUCACCGUCGGCCAAGACGCCAAGGACCCCAAGGUCUACGGCCAGGUAAACCCCUUCGUAAUUGAAAAGGGCCAAAUCAUCGAAGUUAUCCUCAACAACCUCACACCCGGCCACCACCCCUUCCAUCUCCACGGCCACCACUUCCAAGUCCUCAACCGCUCCCCGAGCGGUGCCGGGGCCUACAAGGCCGGCGACGCCGUCCCCGCCUCGCCCGUAAAGCGCGACACCGUUGAGGUCGAAAGCGGCAGCUCCGCGCGCAUCCGAUUCCGGGCUGAUAACCCAGGUGUCUGGCUCAUUCACUGCCACGUCGAGUGGCAUGUCCCCAUGGGUCUCACGGGCACGUUCAUCGAGGCGCCGCUUGCGCUGCAGAAGAUUAUUGGGAAUAUUCCCAAGGCUCAGUUGGAGAUUUGCGAUGAGCAGUGUUUUGGGACGAGUGGCAAUGCGGCGGGGAAUAGGGCUGAUCAUUUCGAUUUGACUGGUGCUGCUGAUCCUCACCAUGUUCCAAAGUCGGGUGCUAUUUGGGAGAAGGGGAACUGUGGCAGCAAUCCUACUCCUAGUGGUCCAGAUGGUUCUAACCCUACUCCUGGAGGUGAUGGCAGCGACGGCGCCGACGGCGCCAACGGUGCCGAUGGCAAGAAUGGAGAAAACGGAGCCGACGGUGGUAAGGGAGGCGACGGUGGUAGCGGAGGCGACGGUGGUAGCGGAGGUAACGGCGGAAACGGCGGAAAUGGAGGAGACGGUGGUAAUGGCGGCAGCGGUGGCAAUGGAGGAGAUGGAGGCAACGGCGGCAAUGGCGGUAAUGGUGGUAACGGAGGCAAUGGAGGAAACGGAGGCAGCGGAAGUGGCAGUGGUAGUGGCAGUGGCAGCGGCAGCGGCAGCGGCUCCGGUGGUAGCGGUAACGGCGGUGAUGGAAAUGGCAGCGGUAAUGGAGGUAAUGGAGGUGACAGCGGGAACGGAGGCGAUGGUGGUGGUGCCGGCGAUGGUGGCGACGGAGGUUCCGGAAGUGAAGAGCCCACAGAGGAAGAGUGUGAAGAUGUAAUCGUUGACUCGGAGUAG